AGUUAUAUUGCAAAUAGAGCUGAUAGUUGAAACCACGUUGUUCGACCGCAGAAUGACAUUUAGAAGUCAUCGACAAAUAUUCCUUACGGCAAAUACGAGCAGUUCCGCUUGUGUAGACAGCGUGUGUUUUUAUGUAAAUUGUGAUGACUGGAGUACGAGUGUCUGUUAUGUGAUAAGCGCAUUUGAUUGGUCGGACGGAGGAUCCGUUUAGAAGGUCAUUGAAAAUUUCCGAUUGAUUAAUAUAUGUGAGAAUACCAAAGUGACCUCAAAGCCUCUUAUGAAAUCCUUGCUCCAGUGCGCAUCUGCAUAAAUGAAGUAAUAACAGAGCACUCAACAUAGACGGACUCACACCUGGCAUUCCUUCAGUGUUUCUCGAAUUCCUCUAACAUUGGGACCAUGGAAGAAACAUUUUUUGUAGUACUUCUGCUUGUCAAUCUCGCCCUGGUUGUCAACUGGCAAGGUGGUCAAGCACAACUCAUUGAUGACUGUGGCGGACUUAUCGAAGGGAGAGGUGGUAUCAUACAGACACCAAAUUAUCCUUUGAACUACCCAGUGGAUAAAGUUUGCGCAUGGGUUGUUAAAACCGAACCGGGUGACAAAGUCGUGCUUACUUUUGAAACGUUUGCCCUGGAAGACAACUCUGUUUGCCAAUACGAUUACGUUAUUAUAAGGGAUGGUUCGACCUCCAAAAGCCCUAUGAUUGGGAAGUUUUGCGGCACAAGCAGACCAGCCACCAUUACCUCUACGGGCAAUUUCCUUUGGAUUGGUUUCCGAUCAGAUUCGUCCACUACCAAACAGGGCUUCAAAGCAAUGUGGAAGGCAGAAAAGCUUUCCGAAAAGCCACCACCAGGUACCGAAGAAAAAGUGACUACGCCUACUAUGCCUACAGGAUGCGGUGGCCAAAUGACUGGUGAUGGUGGGAAUUUUACAUCACCCAACUAUCCUGAAUCGUACUCAAAGAACAGCGAGUGUGUGUGGACAAUAGUUGUGCCUCUCCAAGACACGAUUGAGCUUACUUUUCACGAAUUUCAUUUAGAAAAUUCCGGAAGUUGUAAUUAUGACUUUGUCGAAGUUAGACAAGGUAGCACUCGCUUCUCUGAAAUAAUUGGAAAAUUCUGCGCAAGUACGAUCAUUUCACCUUUCAAUUCAACUGGAGAUUCCCUUUUUAUAAGACUUGUCACUGAUGGAACAGUCAAUGAGAAGGGUUUUAGGGCUACAUGGAGAAGGAUAUCUCAUUACAUUCCUGCAAAUCAAACGGCUCAGUCGUCCACAACCACCAAAGCUACACCUUCAAUUACACCGCCUGAAAAGUGCGGAGGAAUUUUGAAUCAAGAAAACGGUGAAAUAACCAGCCCAGGUUACCCUAACCAAUAUCCACUAAACCUAGAUUGCAUUUGGGUAAUUUUGGCACCAAGUAAUCAGGUCAUCCAGGUAGAAUUCAGAUCAUUUCAACUCGAAAGACAAUCCAGAUGCCUGUAUGACUAUUUGGAGGUCAGGGAUGGCGAUAGAUCAGACAUGCCCUUGCUUGGGAAAUUCUGUGGAGAUGUAGUUCCUUCCCCCGUCAAAUCUUCUCAAAACGCAAUGUACAUAAAGUUUCACUCAGACGGUUUAACUCCAAAACGAGGAUUUCAGCUUAAAUGGCACGCUUUUAAAGGACAGCCGCUACCACCUGGGCCUGCACCGACGUCAGAUGGGGACCCCGUUUGUGGUGGUACUUUCACCAAAAUGUCUGGCGUUAUAAAGAGCCCUCGCUAUCCCAAAAAGUAUCCAGAGGAUGUAAUGUGUCAGUGGGUCAUAAAACUAUCACCACAAUACAAAAUACGCUUAGAGUUCAUGUACUUGCAAGUGGAGAAGAGCACAAGCUGCCAGUAUGAUUUUGUGCUCGUUAUGGAUGGCCUCCCGACUUCUCCAACUACUCUCGGGAGAUUUUGUGGCAACUCAAGCAAGCCGGUGGUAGACUCAACAUCCAGUGAAAUGACCGUUUUCUUUAAGUCUGAUAUGAGCGUGACAGACAAAGGAUUUGAGGCAUACUGGUAUGCCCAUCCAGUUCUAGGCACUAAAUCUCCGUCAACCGAAGUAAACGUGAUUGAGCCGUGUGGUGGAAAACGUAUGCGUCCAAGUGGUGACAUCUUCUCACCAUACUACCCUGCCUUCUCUGGUGCCCAAGGGCCUGUUGACUGUGUAUGGGUUAUAUCUGUAUACGAAGGAAACAAAAUUGCCAUUGGUUUUAACGAAUUUGAUCUGAACAGUGACGAUAACUGUGUUACGGAGUACGUGGAAUUGAGGGACGGGCCAUCAGAGACGUCUCGUCUGCUAGGACGCUAUUGCAUUUCUGCACCGAUGGUGGUGCGAGGUUCUACGGAUACAUUAUGGAUGCGUUAUUAUACAAUUGGAACGGGAAGUAAGGGUUUUGAAGCAACGUGGACUACUAUGAAGCAAACAUUAAAACCUAUGAAACCUAGUGGGAAGCCUUCGACGGGAUCUGUUCCUCAUCCACCAAAAAAAUGCGGCGAUGCACUAGGUCUUGAAUCCGGUGAAAUAAAAAAUAAACAGCUGUCGUCAUCUUCCACGUGGAUGGGCAUAAGCACCUUUGGUCCGCAGCAUGCAAGACUCAAUAACAGUAAGUGGCCCCAAGGCUGGAGUGCUGAUACAACUGACCAAAAUCCUUGGCUCAAAGUCACGUUUCAAUCGGAUUACGUAAUUACUGGCAUUGCAACGCAAGGUUAUGGUAAUCCAGUUUUCAAUGAAUGGAUUGAGAGCUAUUAUUUGCUUUGGCUUGACAGCAAGGCUGGAGAGGUGUAUUAUCACGAAGAUGGAAAAGUGAAGGUUUUAGAUGGUAAUAGUGAUCACAACACGAUUGUACGCCAUAUGCUGAAGGAACCCUUCAUUUCUAAAGAAGUAAAAAUCCAACCAAGAAGUUGGAAAGGUGGUGUGGGCUUGCGAUUAGAACUCUAUGGAUGUAAAUUUGACGAAUGUCAAGAGCCUCUUGGGAUAGAAGACCCGGAUAUUAUUGAAGACGGACAGCUAACAGCCUCUUCCGCAUGGGAGGAUGAUCAUGACAAGUUCGGUGCCCAGAGAGGAAGGCUCAAUUUGAAUCGCUGGCCUCAAGGUUGGACGGCAAGCGUAGAGGAUCGUUCCCCUUGGUUUCAAGUAAACUUGAAGCACCCUUUUAUAAUAACGCGGGUGGCAACACAAGGCUAUGGAGGAUCCGUUGAUCAGUGGGUGGAGAAGUACCGAGUGUCAUGGAAAAGUGAAGAAGAAGUUUGGCGUAAUUAUUCCGUUCCUCGUCAGGUGAAGACUUCAGCCGUCCUUUGGAAGAACAAGGUAUUUCAUGGAAAUAAAGACAGGAAUUCAGUGAUAUCUCACACUCUAUGGAACACCAUUAAGUCAAGCACGCUCCGAUUUUGGCCAAUGGUUAAACGUAACUUUGUUUCUAUGCGAACAGAAUUGUACGGGUGUAUGACAGACCAAUCGCGAUCCGCAACCGAGUGCUCAACAGUUGGCCAUCGUAUGAGUGGUGAAUCAAAUCCGCCCAGCAGAAAAGGUUGCCAUUGGCAUGUCACUUCUUCAAAGGCGGAGAGCACAGUAACGCUGAAGUUUAUAACUUUUGAUUUCUUAAAAAGCGAUCCUUCAUGUUUGAAAGACUACGUUGAAAUCAGAAACGGCCUUACUAAACACGCUCCUCUGAUAGGAAGGUAUUGCGGAGACAAGAUACCUGCUCCCGUGCAAUCCUCGGGAAACGGUCUCUGGGUGCGUUAUGUGGUGUCAGGUGAUAUAAAAACCAAAGUUGGCAUGACUUAUCACGACGGUCCUUCUAAGUCUUCUCAGGGUGAUGAAGGGAAGAAAGGAUGCGGUAAUCUAAAAUAUUCUGUCUCUCCGUGGGAGUCCGAUGGAGAUUUACCAAAGCAGUGGCCUGGCCGAUGGCCCUGGCAGGUAGCUCUUCUGCUUAUGGGACAAUCUGUUCAGCAGUGUGGCGGCGCUCUCCUUGCUCCUCGAUGGGUACUCACCGCAGCCCAUUGCUUCAAAAGGUUUAAACAACCUCUUCAGUGGGUCAUACGGGCUGGAGAGUUUGAUCUCGCGAAAAAGGAAAAUUCUGAGCAAAAUAUACGAGCAGAAAAAAUAUAUGUUCAUUCAUCAUAUAUCCCGUCAACAAACGAGAAUGAUAUCGCUCUGGUAUACCUUGAGCGAGCAGCACAAUUGAACGAUUUGGUGGAAACGAUAUGUCUACCAGAUGAAGGAGAGCUACAGCUCGAGAGCAAGUGCGCUGUAGCAGGUUGGGGUUUUAGGCCGGCCAACGUCCAUCAUACAUCUACCCCGCUGAGGUCCCAAAGAGUGCCCGUUGUUUCCCGCCAGGUCUGUAACGGAGCCAAUGCAUACGGUGGUCUUGUGAAAGAUAAUAUGAUUUGUGCAGGGUAUGAGAGGGGUGGCGAAGACAACUGUUACGGAGAUGGUGGAGGCCCUCUCAUGUGCCAGAAUUCGGUAGGAAAGUGGUUUGUUGGUGGAAUUAAUAGCUGGGGACAAGGCUGCGGACUGCCUGGCAAAUAUAGUGUGUACACCUAUACGGAGAGGUAUCGUGACUGGAUAAACCGUCAUAUGCAAGCAGACUAACUGUUCUCACUUGCGUCAGAUAAAGGAAUGGUGAAUCAACUUUUGAGUCCACACUGCAAAAUACCAAAUUAUAAGGGCCUGCGAUUGGCGCUUGUCGUGGCCGGCUCAUCCCGUUCGAUUUCGGGAGGGAUUACAUCCAAGUAAAACAUAGUAGUAGCUAUGAAAAGGAACGUGUAAGUCGCUUUCAACGUUUUGCAACUGACUAAAACAUACGUUUUGUUGUUCAGAUAAGUAAUAGGCUGUAGCCAGUUAAAUAUAUAUUUUUGACGUAAUCACAAUUCAAUUUCGAAAAUGUGAAACUAAUUUUUAAGGGCUCAUCGUUUCGGUAUUAGUAAUGGAAGAAUAAUGGGACGCUGUGAAGUUUAGCGAGGUCUUAAUUAAACGAGCCGUUUCGAACGGAGCUUGAUAAUACAAUUAAACCAAUCGAAUUUUCCUUGAGAGGAUUCAAACGUAAUGC